ACUGCCAGUGGCGCGCGCCUCCUCUUCCCAAACCACCAAUGGGCAGCACCUAAUAUAAAAUCAUUAGCCUCUGUUGCAGCACUUCAUACUCUCGCACCGGCGGUAGGCGGUAUAGCGAAAGAGACGGAAAAAAUGCGGAGUGAAUCCAGUCUCCUUCGAGGCUGGCGGAUAAGACCGAGGAGGCAGCCCGUGUGAUGCUGCCGCCGCUGCCGCUGCUGCGACACCUCUGGUGGCGAUGCAGGAGACGCGGUGCAGCAAGCAUUAAAGAAGGAAGGCGCUGUAGCCUAUAGGAGGAGAAGACCAGAUAGACUACUACAACACCGCCUGACGGGGAACCGCUGACUGACUGAGAGAGAGAGCGAGCGAGAGAGAGAGAGAGAGAGAGAGAGAGAGAGAGAGAGAGAGAGAGAGAGAGAGAGACAGCCCAUGGUGGAGAAGCUAAGGAGAAGAAGGAGGGGAGACAACCGACAAGCACGCGGAUUAGGUGAUUGAACCCGUGAUCGCCCACAUUCAACACUGCCGACGGAGACCCCAAGCUUGCAGUCGCUGUUUGGGGAAAAAAAAACCCCAAAAAAUAUGGUGGUGAUGGAUCUGCAUUCAGUUACAGGUCUAAACAGUAGACAAGUAAGCAGAAUUUCAGUCAUGACGAGGUUCGUCCUUUCCCUCCUGCUCCUGUGUGGAUGCCAAAAUAGUCUCUGCCUGUCCUCCUCAGAGGCUCCGAAGGAGGCGGCCGCCAACGACAACAGCACAGUGUUCACCAGGAUCCUGGAUGGGCUCCUUGACGGUUAUGACAACAGGCUCCGGCCGGGGCUCGGAGAAAAUGUCACAGAGAUCCAGACGAAUAUUUUUGUCACCAGCUUUGGCCCGGUGUCUGACACGGAGAUGGAAUAUACCAUAGACGUCUUCUUCCGUCAGACCUGGAAGGACGAGCGUCUGUGCUUCAAAGGGCCCAUGGAGAUGCUGCCGUUAAACAACCUGCUGGCCAGCAACAUCUGGACCCCUGAUACCUUCUUCCUUAAUGGCAAGAAGUCUAUUGCUCAUAACAUGACCACGCCUAACAAGCUGCUGAGGCUGAAGGAUGACGGCACUUUGCUUUACACUAUGAGACUGACCAUAUCAGCAGAAUGCCCCAUGCAGCUGGAGGAUUUCCCCAUGGAUGCACACGCCUGCCCUCUCAAGUUUGGCAGCUAUGCCUAUCCGGUGUCAGAGGUGGUCUACACUUGGACUGAGGGAGCGUCUAAGCCUGUGAUGGUGGCAGAAGACGGCUCCAGACUCAACCAGUACCUUCUUAUCGGGUUAACCUCCAGCACAGAGAACAUACACACAAGCCGAGGACAGUAUACAGUGAUGAUGGCCCACUUCUACCUGAAGAGGAAGAUUGGAUAUUUUGUCAUCCAGACGUAUAUGCCGUGUUUCAUGACUGUAAUCCUGUCCCAGGUGUCAUUUUGGCUAAACAGAGAAUCAGUUCCUGCAAGGACUGUCUUUGGGGUGACCACUGUGCUGACCAUGACCACCCUCAGCAUCAGUGCAAGGAACUCACUCCCUAAAGUAGCCUACGCUACAGCUAUGGAUUGGUUCAUUGCCGUCUGCUACGCUUUCGUCUUUUCUGCCCUCAUCGAGUUUGCCACGGUGAACUACUUCACCAAGAGGAGCUGGGCCUGGGAUGGCAAGAAGGCUCUGGAAGCACAGCCCCCUAAGAAACGAGACCCCAUGGUGCUGUCCAAAAAACCUAACAACGUUUGCUCGGCGGGUGUCAACUACACCCCCAACCUCACCAAGGACGUGUCCAUCUCCACGAUCUCCAAUACAACGUCGGUGCAGCUCCGAGCCUCUGAGACCAAGAUGGCGGACCCCAAGAAAACCUACAACAGCGUCAGCAAGAUCGACAAGAUGUCUCGGAUAGUGUUUCCUGUCCUCUUUGGAACCUUCAAUCUCGUCUACUGGGCCACGUACCUUAACAGAGUACCGCUGGUGGAAGGAGUGGUGGAAGGAGUGGUGACGUCAACGUAAUCUUACUCUUUUUUUCCCCCUUUCUUCUGAGUCAGACAGUUUGUGUAAAGGAUUAAGUUUGAGAGUGGGUGGACUAAAAGGAAAAGGGGCUGUUGUAAGGUCAGUGCCCUAGACGAAAAAAAUAAAAAUAAUAAUAUCCAGGCUUGAAGAACAAAAACAAACUAUAUUCCACUAUCUAAUUCAAGCACUUUGAAUGGAUGCAAGGCUGCAACAGAAUCCCUUUCCUGUUUUUCAUGGCCUAAAAAACUGCUCGAUCACAAAGAAACUGCUUCUAAGACCAUGUCGACGAGAGAGCGGGUGCUUUGCUUCUCUCUCAUCUAUUCUGCUGCAGUUUGCAUGACGCUCUUCUCAAAAAGAAACCAUGGACUUCUCUUUGUCUUGAAUACCGACCAUGUAUAUGUCAAUCACUGCUUAAAGUAUGGGUGCACACUCCAUUGCUACUACUUGAGGUUUUAGAUCAAAGCAUUUUGAGCAAUUUCGCCUAAAUUUAAACACAUUUUUAUCAUGGAGGCUUGAAAUGCACUGAGCUUAUACUAUGGAAAAGAAACUGCUAUAUAACAUGCAUUUGAAUUUGGAAUAUUUAUUUAAAAAAUUUACUUAAUUCAACACUGUGGAAGAAACAUCUCUUAAGAUUGAUGCUGCAAGUGCAUUAAUAAUUUAGUUUUAUGUCUCUUUUAAAAAAAAAAAUGUUCCUAUUGCAGUGGGUGUUUUGUGUGUCUCUUUGUACAUUUUUACUUGAAGGUUCAAAGGCUUCUGCUGCAGGCCUGGUUUCCCAAAAGCAUUGUCAGCCCGAGUCUCAGUGGAAAAUGACGGGAAAAAAACGAAUGCUACCUGCGGGUGAAAAAAAAAUGUAUUCGGAAGAUUAUUCAGAGUUUUUAAAUGAAGAGAUGCUUCUUCCUUCAUAAGAAAUUUAAAAAAAAGUCGUCUUCUAGAGCAGCUUGCUAACAAGAGUAUUAGAAAAACUUCUUUGGCCCACUUACACUGGGUGACUAGACAGCUGUGGAUGGUGUGUUUACGACAAAUUUAGGAUUGGAUAUAUGUGCUUUAACUGAAUUUUGAGCCUGGGUCACUCAGCUAUGAAACUAAUAUUCACAGUUGAAAGACCAGUGCUCAAAACUCAAAACGAGUGUGUCACAUCCAGAUCAGCAGAGUUUGGAGACAUUUAGGCAUGCAUCCAUCUUGUUGAUGUGUGCAUGGGCAAAACCCUGCAACUCUACCAGCUCCAGAGGCCGGUGUGACAAAGAUUAACUUUGAAUAUGGCUUAGAUCAAACUAACAGUCAGACUUCAGAUAGACGUGUAAACCAGCCUAAGGCUUUACAACUUAAGUAGGACUAAUUUGCCAUGGAUUCUGUGUUAAUUAGGAGUCUUUUCAAACUGGAGAAAACACGACUGACCAAUCUCCGUUCCCUACAGCGAAAUUCUGACCUUUGACCUCCCUAUGGGGGGAAAAGAAAGAAAAAGUACAGCAAUCAACCGAGUAUCAUUAUCGGAAUAUUUUUCUGCAUUCUGGUACUAUAACUGUAUCAGAUGAAUUGCUCAUUUAUAUGUCCGCAUAACUACACAAAAAAUCCUCAUGGGAGAGGUGAACAGCAAACUUUUCUGUAAAGGCCUGUGGCUUAGUGGAAUAUGCUGGAGAACUAACUGGUGACAUGCUAGCCAGCUGGGACAUACAAGCGCUUGUCAGUAACAAUGGCUGUUCUUCUAUUUUGUCUUUCCUGAAUGAAUUUGAAAUUAUGGUGUGAUCAGGCCUUUUAAGCUACAAAGAUUUGGGGAAAUUAGACCGAGUCUCAUAAGGGAAACAUGUAAAUAAACUUUAAAUUUUCAACUUUGCUUUGACACAAAAGAGACAAUGUUGAGAUUUGCACGUUUGAGUUUCAAACGUCAGCAAUGCCAACGUCUAAUGUCUUUCAAUUUCUGAAGAUGUUUUCACUGAUAUCUUUCUUGAUGUUUAUGUGCACAUGUGUAAGAUUUUCUUUGUUAUUGUUGCUUGUAGAAGAGCUUACAUCUGAUCAAACUUGGCUUUUGACCUUUAAGUUUUUGUUGAUCUAUUUCUACAUUGACUUAUUCAAACUGGAAGCAAUGAGCACACGUUGUGGCAUUUAGACUGGAUCCCACCAUAGCACAGCAUGCGUGACUUGUUGGACUAUGGUGAGACAUACUCAGGAACUAAAGGACCCAUGCUCCCAGCAGAAGAGUCACUGUAUCUUUAAUCUCAUGGAUUUAAAACAGUGCAGUUGGGAGCUUUGUCAAUGAUACAAUGGCUUGGUGAAAACCCAUAUAAAUAAAGACGACAUUAGCUAAUGUACCUGCUUUGCUUUGUGAAAUUUGGACCUACAGCACAAAUUGUCACAAUAUCAGCUUAAAAUUCAUCUUAAAGUGCUUUUAUUUUGAAUUUUUGUGCCAUAAUUUCCUGUAGCGUUUUUGUGCUGGUUUGAGUUGAUGUUGAAUCUGCAUUUUAUGUGAAUCUAAGGUGUUGCUAUCUGUCAAAUGCUCAGUGGGUGUCUAUCGGCAAAGCUACAUUUCAGUGCUUGUCAAAGUGCAGCAGCAGUGUAAAAGGAAGUCAAAUGAAAUGCAGUUGAAAGGUGAUCUAUACAUCUGUCUGUCUGGGGUCACCAUGGCAGCAAGUCCUCAUGUACAGAUCAGACAUCCUUUCCCCGGUAACAACCUCCAACCUCUGUAUAUGUUCCUCCACUCCCCAAUUGUUUCUGACUCUGCUGCUUAUACACAUAAUCAAGAAGCUAAUUGGCCCUAUUCUUUCUGAUUACGCCUGCAGUAGUUGAGUCUAUCACAAAGUUUGGAGCUGAACUGCUCCAGUGCUGCUUUAUUAUCAGCUGACAAAGCCUUAUUUUGAGUUAUAUUACCAAUGAAAAUUAAACAGUAAUACGCAUUUUGGUCCCUUAUCAUGAAAGUGUGUUUAGCCUCCAUUAUUUUCUCUAUGGAUGGCAAUGUCGUAAAACAUUCCCAUCAGCCUUAGCUGUAGUUUCUGUGCCAACGUAGUGCUAAGCAGUGAAUAUUAGCCUGCUAACACGCUAUGGUGACCAUCAUACCUGCUCACCAUCAGCAUGUUAGCAUUAUCAUGCUGACAUUAGCAUUUAGCUCAAAGCACUGCCGUUUUGGCCCACUGACAAAAGCUGAAGUUUUCCCUUUUAUAGUUUACAAAACUUUAACAUAAUUUUCAUAAAUAGACCACUGGUUGACUUCUGUCCAUCCAUGCAUCUUUCUUGCCAUUCAGGAAAUGAGUGCCCCUAUCUAUCCAUUCAUCCAUCCAUUUAACCACCCCUCUCUUCUCUAUUGCCAGCCAAGAAAUGAUUGCACACCCCUCCCUCCUUCCUUCAGCUACUGUGACAGACUCAUCUGCCAUACAUCUGUUAGAAAAGGGAUUUAGUUCUGCUUAAGUUACUUUCACCCAUUCAGGGGGGCCCCUUACAGCAAAGCGCUUCACUCCAUUUUAAGCCCCGACUGGCCGUGCCGAUGACAAAUGCUUGUUUUUCUUUCUGUCUGGACAGCUGUGGCUGGUGCGUGUUCAGGACAAAUUUAGGAUUGAUUAUAUGUACUUUAUCCAAAGCUAGCUCAUGGGCAGUGAAGCAGACUAAAGUUAUGAACUUGGGUCUCUCAACUGGUGAAUGUAAUGCACAUGCAGCGCUCAUCUUAAACAGACUUUUGCAGGGCUGCGAUCGCAACAGUUGUUUAUUCCUGGAAGGCUACAGACGGCCAUUACACAUGCAAGAAGUUUAUCUUGCUUUAGAGCAUUAA